AUGAACCAGAUCUCGUCAGAGCUGCAGCGGUUCCAGCGGCUGCGGCUCCUCCUGAAGGCCUGCAUCGACGGCGGCGGAGACGUCUCUACCGGCGGCGCACUCCACGGCCUCUUGCUCAAGUCGAAGCUCGCCGCGUCCACCUACCUGGGCAACCACUUGGUCCUCCUCUACUCCCGCUGCGGGCAGACGCCGCUCGCGCGCCGAGUGUUCGAGGAAAUUCCCCACCCGAACGUCUUCUCCUACAACGCCAUCCUCGCCGCCUACACCCGCAGCUCCCAGGCUCGCUCCGCCGGCGAGCUCUUCUCCCGCAUCCCCCGCCCGGACCUCGUCUCCUUCAACACGCUCCUCGCCGCCUACGCGGCCGACGGCGACGCGGCCGAAGCCUUGCGACUUUUCCGCCGCAUGCGGGCGCUCGGCGUCGGCGCCGACGGCUUUACCCUCUCCUCGGUGGUCUCCUCCCUGAGGGGUGUUGGUAGCGCCGCCGCCGCCACUACCCCGGGCAUCGCCAACCUCCACGCCUUCGUGCUCACGGCCGGGUUCGCCGCCUUCGCCUCCGUCAGCAACGCCCUGAUCGGCGGCUACAGCCGAGCUGGCCUCCUGCGCGAGGCCGAGAGGGUCUUCUCCGAGUUGGGGACCUCCGGGGACGGGGUCUCCUGGAACUGCAUGAUCAUGGGCUACGGCCUGCACGGGGAUGGCCCCCGAGCACUGGCCCUGUUCAGGGAGAUGGCCCGAGGAGGCCACGCCGUGGACAUGUUCACGCAGGCGAGCGUCCUCACGGCGUUCACCGCGGCGAGGGACCUCGCCGGCGGCGCCCAGUUCCAUGCCCAGCUGAUCAAGACUGCCUGCGAGCGGAACCCACACGUCGGCAGCGGGCUGGUGGACCUUUACGCCAAGGGCGGGCGGACGGUGGACGCGGAGAAGGUGUUUGACGAAGUGCCGGAACCGGACCUGGUCCUCUGGAACACGAUGAUCUCCGGAUACUCUCUCAACGAAGACUUUUUCGAGGCGGCGCUCCGCUGCUUCAGGGAGAUGCAGCGUAAAGGCCUCUGCCCGGACGACGGCAGCUUCGUCUGCGCUGCCAGCGCCUGCUCGAACCUCUCCUCGCCGUCGCAGGGGCGGCAGCUGCAUGCCCUGGCGCUGAAAUUGGACCUCCCGAGGAACCGGGUCUCGGUGAGCAACGCGCUGAUCGCCAUGUACUCCAAGUCCGGGGAGCUAGAGGACGCCGGCCGCGUCUUCAGGAGGAUGCCGGAGAGAAACGCCGUCUCCUUCAACUCGAUGAUCGCCGGGUGCGCCCAGCACGGCCGCGGGGAGGACGGCCUGGCCCUGUUCGGGGAAAUGGUCGCCGGCGGGGAGGAACCCACCGGUGUCACCUUCGUCUCCGUGCUCUCCGCCUGUGCUCACACCGGGAAGGUGGCUGAAGGUUGGGGCUACUUCAAUUCCAUGAAAGGGAAGUUCAAGAUCGAGAGGGGGGAGGAGCAUUACUCCUGCAUGGUCGAUCUCCUCGGCCGGGCCGGGAGGCUCGAGGAAGCCCAGAAGCUGAUCGAGACGAUGCCCUUCAGCCUGGGGAAGGCCGGCUGGGCGGCGCUGCUGGGCGCCUGCCGGACUCAUGACAACGUCGGCCUGGGCGAGAAGGCGGCGCAGGCGCUCGUCCAGCUCGAGCCCUCCAACGCAUCGCCCUACGUGGUGCUCGCGAGCAUGUACGCCGGCGCGGGCAGGUGGGAAGAAGCCGCCGGAGUGCGCCGGAUGAUGAGGGACCGGGCGGUGAGGAAGAGCCCCGGCUGCAGCUGGAUCGAGCUGAAGAAGAGGAUCCACGUGUUCGUGGCGGACGACGCCUCCCACCCGAGGACGGAGGAGAUCCGCCGGUUCCUGGCGGUGCUGUUGGGGAAGAUCAAGAAUGCAGGAUACGUGCCGGACACGAGGAGGUGGGCUCCGGCGAUGGGCGGCGAUGAUACGAGGGAAGCGGAGCUGAGGUUGUCGUACCACAGCGAGAAGCUGGCCGUUGCCCUCGGGCUCCUCAGCACGGAGGACGGGGCGCCCAUUCUGGUGGUGAAGAAUCUGAGGAUCUGUGGAGACUGCCACUCCGCUAUUAAGCUCAUUGCCUCCAUGACGGGGAGGCGAAUCACCGUCAGGGACGCCCACAGGUUCCAUCAUUUCCGGGAAGGUGAAUGCUCCUGCGGAGACUACUGGUGA